AUGCGAAAGAAGAGCGUUAGGGACAUGUUUUUGCAAGUAUUCAUUGGCUCAUAUUCAUUAAAAAUUGUUCACUGGUUUUACACAAACAUAGAGGAUGUAGAUAAUGAAAAUUUAAGAAUAAAUAAUUCUGGAAAUUAUUUAAUAAAUAUUAUUCAUCGGCUUGAAUCAUGCAUACAAAUCUAUAGAGUCGAACGUUUAGGACAAUCGUCGUCCAUUUAUUAUGAAUUAACAGAUGGAGAAAAAACAUUAAUAUCAACAAAUGAUAAUGAAUAUCGAGAAAAAUUGUAUAUGAAUAGAUUUAAAGUAAUACAUUCUAUGAUAGAACCAAUGAAAAUAUUAGAUUAUUUAGCUUCAAAAUCAAUUAUUCAACUAGCAACAAUAUCAAGAAUUGAACAUAAAUAUCCUGUGCCAGAAGAUCGAAAUCGUGCUCUCUUAGACUUGAUAUUAACAUAUCCUGCAAAAGCCUAUUAUCCAUUUAUCGAAGCAUUGUAUUUAUCCGGAAAUAAUUCGUUAAUUGAUCUGUUAGAACCGAAUUUUAGUUCAAGUAAUGAGAAAAAACAAUUAGAUGAUGAAUAUGGAUUAAUACAUCGAUCAGUUAAUAGAAUACAACAAAAUUUAACAUCAACAUUGACAACUACAUUGACAACUACAAAUGUAAAUUACGAAGACAAGAAUGAUGUUCAACAUUUACAUACAUCUUCAAGCGAAAUAUUGGAAGAAAUUCCAUUAUCUUCCCGUUAUAGACAAAAUACGUUAUCUGAUGUGGAUGAUAAAGAAUUUGAUCUAGAGUUACCAAUGGGUUUUUCAGUACGUUUAUUACUACCUAAUGUCAUUGAACAAUAUCCAGAUCUGGAUCCAUCGAACCGAAAAAGUCGAGUAAUACUAUGUUAUCCUAUGUCAAAUAUUUUACGUGGUCAAUGUUUACUGAUCAACAACGUAGAAGAUUUUAAAACAAUGGAAAAACGACAUGGUUCAGAUAUUGAUGCCAGUAAACUUAGAAGUCUUUUCGAACAAAUGGGAUUCAAUGUAAUUGUACGACGUAAUAUGAAAUGUCUGGAUCCAGGCAAUUGUUCUAUUGUCAUUAUUUUGAGUUAUGGUUGUGAUGGUCGUAUUUACGGUGUAGAUGAACGUUAUUUGGAUAUCGAUCGACAAAUUAUUAGCGUAUUUGAUGAUCAUUUUAUUGGAAAACCAAAAAUAUUUAUUCUUCAAGCAUCUCGUAGUGGUCAGCGUAAUUAUCGUUCUGAUGGUGUACUUGAUCAGUUAACAUCAUCCAAAAUGUUAAAUGAUUACGGACAUAUCACAAAAGUUGCAAAACGAAGCGAUAUGGUUAUCUGGCAUUCAACAUUAAAAGAUUGUGUGUCCUGGCGUCAGACAGAUGAAGGAAGUAUUUUUAUUCAAACGUUGAUAACGGUGUUUGCUAAAGCAUCCUGGCGUUAUGAUCUUGUUACAAUGGCCGAAUGUGUAUGUUUAAACAAUAUCGUAUUUUCAUUUCAUUAUCAUUAUCAAAUAUUGUGUGUGUUUUAG